UUUAUGAUGACACCGUGGGCGACGUCAAAGCCUCUAGACGGAGGGAAACCUCUGACAUGUCACGUCCCUCUCCGCCCAUACCGGGAGCGUCUGCCAUGGAUAUCUCAGAAGACGGUGAACUCGAGGAGGAGAGACUCGUGGAGGUGCACCUCAGUUCGCGCAACGGUUUUGCGUUACCGGCAUCCAGUGGUUGUGGUUCGACGUUCAGGACGCCAAAUCCAAUAGUAAAGAGGGAGUCGACUCCGGCGCCAGUGAAGAGGGAGCCAUCUCCAGAGACACCCGGCGCUAUCGGUUUCUGGCCAGACUCCACUGGCGAGGUAGACGUGAAGCCCAAGAUUGAGGAAUGCGGAAGCGAAGAGGAGUCCGUCGUAGAGGUGCAUCUGAAUUCGAGGAACCAGCACGUCGUAUUCGGCAUUGAUCCCGGCAGGCACCGUAUCAAAGAGGAGACAGUGAAGCAGGAGGACUGCAGCGGUGCUGAGCAGACACCGAUCCUUGACCGACCUGGAUCCCCGAUCGGCAAGCAUGAGGAGGAAGAUGUGGUAGUGGAGGUGCACAUCAGCUCCAAAGACAUCCAGCGUGCUUUGGAUGUGGCAAGAAGUGCAGGUUCUGUAAAAGCGGAACCCACUCGUGAUUGAUAUAUCUACUGGCAUGAGGAAAGGUGCCCGUUUCCGGUGAUGCUGUCAGGCCAUCCACGCCGCAAAGAAGAGUGCUUGGAUUCCGAGUCGCAUAAGAGUGCUUUACUAGAAAUUGAAGGCGGUUAUAU